CACGUCCUUUCCUCGGGCUCUAGCUGGCUAGAUCGUCUUCGCCCUUCAGUCCUUUCUCUGUAAGACUAGGUUCUUCUCCACCCCCCUUUUAACGAAACGUCCAAUUAUGAAGUCUGUGACUGCUGCGCUUGUCUUUUCGCUCGUUUCCUAUGCUCUUGCAAGGCCGACCCCCCAAACAUCUUCGUUCGCAAAGCAGAACGGGGAGGAAGCCAUAGAUCUCAACAACCAGAUUUCUAAAUUAACUCCAGAUUCGUCGUGCAAUGCAGGAGAGAACGCAUGUGUGAAUCAACAGUUUGCGCAAUGCGUUGGCGGCAAGUUCACGCUCACACCAUGUGCUGGUGGUACCAUUUGCGCGGCGCUUCCGCUUGUGAAUAGCCCGGGAACGAGUGUGACUUGUACAACGCAGGCAGACCUUGAUGCACGCAUAGCUGCUACCGGUGCGACUGGCGGUACCGGAAAUGGUGGAACCAACAAUAGUAGUGGUGACGCUGGUGGAGGAGGUAAUGACUCUGGUGCAAACAACGGUAAUAAAGACGGGAAUAAUGGCGGUACCGACAAUGGCAACAACGGCGGUGGGAAUAACAGCACCGACAGCGGUAAUAACAACGGCAAUAGCAAUGACCGCGGUGGUAAUCCCAACAACGGGAAUAACGGCGGCAACAUCGAUGGCAGCAAUGACAAUGGCAGCAAGAACGAUGGCGGGAAUAACGACGGCAGCAACGACGGUAGCGGGAAUAGCAACGGCAGCAACAACGAUGGCGAGGAUAACAACGGCAGCGACAACAAUGGUGGAAAUAAUAGUACGAGCAACAACGACGGGAAUAACAACGGUGGCGGCGGCAACAACAAUGGUGAUUUACAGAGCUCGCUAUGCCUUGACCCAUCAUUAGUCCAGAAGGGUUUUGAAAAGGAUGGCCAGCAGGUUCCCGCACAAGACCAAGUGGCCUCCGCAACCUCACCGAACAACUUCAUCAACUUUUGCGCGACUGUUAAGAAGCCGCUCACUAAUGGUCAGCAAGUUAAGGGCGGCUCGUGCAAUGCCGCACCCAUGGGUGUGAUUGCAUCUACCAAUAACAUGCCGUCGGCAAAAUUCCAGUCACCGAAGAAUUUAGAUAAGAUCCAAGCGAACAAGUCGUUCACCGUCAAGCUCGCCAUCAAGAACCUUGCAGCCGGUAACUUCGUCAAUGCUGCAGACAACUACUUCUCCGCGCCUCAGAAUAUCAACGACCAGGGGAACAUUAUCGGACACUCGCACGUUGUCAUCGAGAAAAUCAAUGGGUUGUCAGACACGAGUGUCACAGACCCGACCAAGUUCACGUUCUUCAAGGGACUAAAUGAAAAGGCGCAGAAUGGCGUGCUUUCUGUGGAUGUAACCGAUGGCCUUCCUGCAGGUACAUACCGUAUGGCGAGCAUUAAUAGCGCCGCAAACCACCAGCCGGUCCUCGUGGCAGUCGCGCAGCACGGGUCAUUAGACGACAUGGUCUACUUCACCGUGACGGACAAUGGGAAUUAGAAACUUUGUUUCCAAAUCACCUUACGAUA